ACAUUGUUUUUGUUUACAGUUUUGUAAAUAGACCUAGAGCGAAAAUAAUACAUUUACGUAAACCCAAACCGGGACAAUGACCAGACACGCACUUAUAGGCGGAGGAACUGGUUUCGUUGGAACUCGUUUGGUCAAUCAUCUUACAAGCCAAGGAUAUGAUGUUACCGUAGUGUCGCGAAUGCCUGGCCUAAAGCGCAUAACAUGGCAUCAGUUGGAAAAAGACGGCAUACCCAAAGGUGUUACAUCUGUAGUUAAUUUGGCUGGGCAGAAUGUUUUAGAUCCAUCCAGAAGGUGGACUGCUGGUUUUAAACAAAACGUUUGGAAUUCUCGCGUCAACUCUGCUUCCUCAUUGGUUAAAGCCAUAGAAAAAUCGGGAGGAGUCGAUGCUUUUGUUAAUAUAUCCGGAGUUUCACAUUACCCUGCCAACGAUAACAAAGUUUACACAGAGAAUGAUAAAGUUGAAGGAUUUGACUUUAUGUCUCGCCUAUGCCUCGAAUGGGAAAAGGCUGCAACUUUACCCGAUAAUUCAACAGCCAGAGGAAUAAAGCUCAGGACUGGAGUGGUAGUGGGCCGUGAAGGUGGCAUGAUUCAAUCUAUUUGGAUGCCAUUUAACUUAGGUUUAGGAGGUCCCAUGGGCACCGGUAAACAAAUCUUGCCUUGGAUCCAUUUGGAGGACCUUUGUCGCCUUAUUCAGCAUUGUCUAGAAUCCAAAAAUUGUCGAGGUGUAUUGAAUGCUGUAGCUCCCGAUAUAGUUACUAAUGGGGAGUUCUCUAAGAUAUUUGCUUCGGCUUUAAGACGUCCUUGCCUUUUUCCUGUGCCAGAAUUUGUAGUUGAUCUAAUGUUUGGAAAAGAUAGAUCAGCUUUAUUAUUGAACGGUGCUAAAAUUGAGCCCAAGCGCACUUUAGAAACUGGUUUCAACUUUAAAUAUCCUACUGCUAAAGUUGCCUGCCAAGAAGUGGUUCAGAAGAAAUAAUGUUUAAAAGCUAUAGUUUUUAAGCGAUAGAACCACGUGUUGCUCUAAUGAGUUUUGUUUUGUGAUUUAAUAACUUGAUAGGCAUACAAUUUUGGUAUUAAUUUAUUUAAUUAUUUACAAGUCGAACGCAAUAUUACAAAGAUUUAAGCGUAUUUAUAAGAAAUAAAUGCAACUGAAUUUAAACAAAAUUAAA